AUGAGAGCCAGAGCUCGAUUGGCAUUUUGCGCUCUCACCACUUGGUGGAUCAACAUGCUGCAGCUGCGAAAUAGCUUCGCUCGCCUCCCACGAAGUUCUUUACAAGCUCCAAUCAAAUGGUCGCAGCCGCUUACGCUGCCAUCCCGCUGGCUGAGCGCUUCAGUUCUCGAAGCAGAGAUUCAGAACGAUGGCCUUGCGGACGAGCUGGCCCAAAUCUGUUAUGCCUUGGAGGCGAAAGGCCUGGGCCGUGCUGUCAGCAACGUGGGUGGCUUCCAAAGCUGCAACGUGCCUCUUGGAGAGCAUCCCGUCCUGGCCGAACUCCUCUCGCUGGUACAGGCUCCGUUUGUAGGAUUCCUGCAUAAGACCCGACGAUCCCAGCCUCCGUCGGGGCUUUCUGGCUCUGACCUGUGCGUGGGCUGCCAACCGGAGCAUCUUUGGGUUAACGUCAACAGACCCGACAACCACAAUUUGAUGCACGAGCAUGGCCCACCGCUCCUGUCACGUGCUGCAUCAGGUAUCUACUACCCGCAUCAAGAAACAACAGCAGCACCGGCUGCAAAGGUCCGGUUUUAUGAUGCGGGCCGAUGUGUGGAAGCUGUUCCUCGCCCUGGCUUGCUGCUGCUCUUCCCAACGAGCUUGCUGCACGAGGUGGACCCCGUUUGGCCAGGGGGCCCUCCACGCCUGUCAGUGGCAUUCAAUCUCUUUGUUCGAUGGCUUGACACGCCAAUCCUCAGUGCGUCCUGGGCCGGAAACGCCAAAGAAGUAAAGCGGCUGCUGGACAGUGGCACAGAUGUAGAUGCUGCAGAUGCAUCUCUUGGGUUUAGAUCUGUUCACCUUGCAGCAGAGGCUGGUCACAUGGAUGUACUGGAGAUGCUGAUUCGGAGCGGCACAAACCCUCAUGCUCUCACUGUAGAGGGCUGGUGCCCUUUGUCUUUGGCUGCAGCUCAGGGACAUUUGAGGGUGGUGAGGUACUUGGUCGAUCUGCAGGAAGCUCUGCCAACAAGGGCUUCUGUAGAGGCAGCUGGGGCGGACGACGUUGAUUUGAGGCAUGGCUUUGCUGGCUUCCAGGGGGCUUUGGCCGUGGCUGGGGAGCGUGGGCAUGCGGAAGUGGUGAACUUCCUCACCGCCGCCGUGGAGCUUGCUGCCUUCUUCACCGGAAGCUCUCUUCCAAGUGGGGAGAGGAAGGAUGAGCCGGAGAUACAGGAGUUCCUGCUCGCAGAGACUCCGCAGAGGGACCAACGCCCAUGGCAUCCUCCGUUGCUUCCGCCGGCGCUUGCCACGGUCGAGGUUGAACAGGCUAUCGUCAACGGUGUCAAGACCGACGAGGUAGCUACCAUGUCGCAACCGCUUUUCACGGACUUGGAUGGCUCCGGAGCUGAGCCGGGAGACUUCUUCCUCUUUAUCAAGGAUUAUGGAUGGAGCCUCCGAUACCGAAUAAGCCGUGCAGAGGACUCGGUGAAUAUCGAGAGGCCACUUCUUCUGGACUGGAUCAAGCUGCGACAGCCGGUUCGUCAUCCAUCAGACCUGCUAGAGAUCCCCAGCGCCGACCUCUUUCAGUGGGACGUCGUGGAGCCUCCGCGCCACAGCGGCUUCAUGUACCAG